CGAAACUAGAAUGUUUACAAAAAUGGCAGCGGCUCCGAAGAUAACGGUUGCCGCUAAAUUCGUAUGCCGCCUCCGAGAUAUUACUGUUCGUACCACCAAUUCUUAUCCUUCUGUCACUGUUUCUCCUAGCAUCUCGCUGAGGUCCAUUACUAGUACUAGUACUUCCCAUAAGAAGAAGAAGAAGAAGAACCAGAAGUUAGCGCCGGUGGUUGCGGCACAGAAAUCGGCGGCGGCGGGUUUGGUGAAGGAAAAGAGGAGGACGCGUUCUGACAAGGAAUUCGACAAGGAAUCGAUUCUGCGAUAUGGAGAUAACCCCUCUCAUAUUCCUGUGAUGCUCGCUGAAGUGCUGGACGUCUUCUCAUCUACUUGUUGGAGACCUUUACACUCUUUUGUCGAUUGCACGCUCGGAGCCGGUGGCCAUUCCUCUGCUAUAAUUAAUGCUCAUCCAGAGUUGAAGUUUUUUGUUGGCAUGGACGUAGAUCCUGUGGCACAUGAGAAGGCUCAAAAACGAAUUAAUUCCGUCUUGCAUUCUGACUCAGACUCUGGUAAAUCUGCUUUUGACCUGAAAGUGUACCACUCGUUAAAAAAUUUUCGACAUAUCAAGUCUGCACUAAGUGAAACUGGCGAGGAACGCUUGGACCGUGGAGUUGAUGGCAUUUUGAUGGACUUGGGAAUGUCAUCCAUGCAGGUGGACAAUCCUCAGAGAGGAUUCAGCGUGCUAAGUGCUGGACCACUUGACAUGCGGAUGGACCCUCAGGCAAGUCUUCAAGCCGAAGACAUAUUAAAUUCCUGGCCAUCUACUGAAGUGGGCCGUAUACUGCGAGAAUAUGGGGAAGAAAGCAAUUGGCGAAAUUUGCAAAAUAAGAUUGUUGAAGCCCGAUUACAUGGUGGAUUGCAUUCUACCAGUGAUUUGGUAGAUCUUAUUAAGCGCAUGUCUCAUCCAAUGAAAGGUGGAAGACAAGGUUGGAUAAAGACAGCAACCCGGGUAUUUCAAGCUCUGAGAAUCGCGGUUAACGACGAACUGAACACCCUGAAAGAUUCCCUAAAUUCUUGCUUUGAAUGCCUCGCACCUGGAGGUAGGCUUGCAGUCAUAUCUUUCCACAGUCUGGAGGACAGAAUUGUGAAGCAAACGUUUCUUGAUAUUAUUAAAGAGAAGGCCAAUGAUAUAGACGAAGGGGAGAACAACAACAAUGAUUCAAGAGGCAUCAGAAGUAAGAUUGAAGAGAAUGAAACAUGGAUAAGGCAUACAGUACAUGGAUCAAAGGGAACAAUUUUAACGAAAAGGCCAAUCACGCCAUCGGGAGAGGAAGAAAAAUUGAACCGCCGAAGCAGGAGUGCCAAGCUCAGGGUAAUUCAGAAGCUCUGAGGAAAAUGUGACAAAUUGUAAUUGUAUUUAUAAAUGCUUCUUUCAUAUUGAUUUUUAUAUACCAUCCUCAGCGGCAUAUAUGCAUCCCGAGAAGCUAUUCCUAAAACUAUUAAAGUAUUUCUAUUGGAAUCAACACAGAAGUAUCAGAUUGGAUGCAUUCAAUUUGAAUCUCUUUCACACCUC